CUCGCGUGGAAGUCGGACGAUGGCAGCUCCCAAGAAAGUGUGCGUGGUGGGCUCCGGAAACUGGGGCUCAGCCAUCGCCAAAAUAGUAGGCGCCAAUGCAGCUGCCAACCCCAAGUUUGACAGUGUGGUCAACAUGUGGGUCUUCGAGGAGAUGGUUGACGGCCGCAAGCUCACGGAAAUCAUCAACACGGACCACGAGAAUGUGAAGUACCUGCGCGGGCACAAGCUUCCUCCAAACGUGGUGGCUGUCCCCGACCUGGUGGAGUCAGUCAAGGGUGCUGACAUCCUCAUGUUCGUGGUCCCCCACCAGUUCAUCAUCCGUGUGUGCGACACCAUCAAGGGCCACAUCAAGAAGGACGCCCACGGUGUGUCGCUUAUUAAGGGAGUGGACGCCGGUCCGGAGGGUCUAAAACUGAUAUCCGAGGUCAUCCGAGGGAAGCUUGGUAUCGGUAUGUCGGUUCUGAUGGGCGCCAACAUUGCUAGCGAGGUGGCAGAGGACAAGUUCUGCGAGACCACGAUAGGUUGCAAGGACGUAGCGCACGGACCCAUCCUGAAGGAACUGAUGCAGACCCCCAACUUCCGGGUGACGGUGGUCCAAGAGUCUGACGUUGUGGAGAUCUGCGGGGCACUCAAGAACAUCGUAGCAGUAGGCGCAGGCUUCUGCGACGGCCUCGGUUUUGGCGACAACACCAAGGCGGCCGUGAUCCGUCUGGGUCUGAUGGAGAUGAUCGCCUUUGCCAAGGUCUUCUGCGUCGACGGUCCUGUCUCGGCCAGCACUUUCUUGGAGAGCUGCGGCGUCGCCGACCUCAUCACCACCUGCUACGGCGGCCGCAACCGCAAGAUCGGGGAAGAGUUUGCCAAAACUGGAAAAACCAUCGAACAGCUGGAGAAGGAACUCCUGAAUGGUCAAAAACUUCAAGGUCCGGCCACCGCAACGGAGGUCCACCAAAUCCUGAAGCAGAAAAACAUGGUGGCCAAGUUCCCUCUUUUCACCGCCGUCCAGCAGAUCUGCUUCGACGGCCACCCGGUCGCAGAAUUCAUCAGCUGCCUGCAGAACCACCCCGAGCACAUGUAACGGACGAAUCGUCCAUUUAAGACUUCUGAUUACGCCGCUACACGUUAUAUGAGCAGGAGGACAAAAGGCGGGCAAGGUGACAGUCUCUCUUGCCAGUUCGUCUUCUUCCAUCCGAGAGCCGGCGUUAAACCGCUUUUAUCAUAUCACGUAACGCCGCAGCCUUUCAAUAGAAAAGGCCGCACGUCGUUGAAAUCAGUCGUCCAAAGAAUGAACACAGUCCCACAAAACUAAAAGUUAAUACAUUUCGGAAGACAUUUCAAUGCUUUUCUGAGGUAAUAACAAAGAGUGCCUUAGGUUAUCGGUCCUUGAUUUCAUAAUUUAUUCAGGAAUAAAUCUUGACAACUCUGGACUUUUAAUUUGUGCGUGUUUUCACUGAGCUUCCAUAAGGAAUACUGCUGUAACCAGAUCUGGGAUCAGUUGAGGAUAAGGGUUACCAGUCUAUAAAUGUUUCACCUUUACCAUUUUCUAGAUGGGUCACAAUGUGGCCAAGUGUAUUCCUCACACUAACUCGGGCUUCCUCUCUCAUACCAAAAACUUGCAUUUUACCAUAACCCUUUCAUGCAAGAGUUAGGAUUUUUUUUAAACCCUUAUACAACACAUAUUUAGCUCUUUGGCUGCCAUUGACGGGGCUAGGCCAAUUCAUUGUGUGUUGUCAGUGCCACUGAAAUGUGCAUUUGCACCCAGUCGUCCCAGUUUGAAUGACUUGGACGCAUAUCCUUGUCAAUGGCAGGCAAUGAGUUACAUGCUAUAAAAAAAAUUAAAAAUAUAACUUAAGAGUGUUACUUGAGGC